UCCUCCCCCGAUGGGCGAUGGGAAAUGAACCAGCCAAAGAGAGGAACGGAGCUGUCCUCCUCCUCUGCUUGAAUCGAAGUGCUUCCUCGUUUUUUUAUUCUGUAUAUCGGAAGAUAUAGAGUUAUCCCCUAGAUUCACAGGGGGCCGAUCAAUGGCCAUGGCGGAUGAGGGGAGCUCCACUCCUCUCACUGCGCCGGCCUCCAUCACUGAACCUGACGAGAUUGACCUAGAAGCUGGACCCGGCGAGCAAUUCCAGUGCCGGAUCUGCCUCGAAACUGAUGGACGGGAUUUCAUAGCGCCAUGCAAGUGCAAGGGAACUUCCAAGUACGUCCACCGCGAAUGCUUGGACCACUGGCGAUCUGUUAAGGAAGGUUUUGCAUUUGCUCAUUGCACAACUUGCAAGGCUCCGUACUAUCUGAGGGUUCAUGUUCAUGCAGACAGGAAAUGGAGAGUCUUGAAGUUCCAAUUCUUUGUCACUAGAGAUAUACUAGUUAUAUUCGCAGCUGUUCAACUUAUAAUUUCUUCAUUGGCAUAUGUGGUAUAUUUGGUUGAUGCCUCUCAAGACAGUUGGUUGCGAUUGGCUUGGGGCUUUGACAGUGAAAUUAGUUUCUACUAUAUAUGUGGAGCACUAUUAUUUUUUGCUUUUCUUGGGUUAUCCGGCUGCUUUAUAACCUGUUAUGAUCGAAGAGUGCGAAAUGAUUUGGCUCAGCCAUGUCGGGAGUUGUGUCUUUGUUGCUGUCAACCAGGAAUGUGUGCUGACUGUCAUCUUCCUGGCACCCUUUGCAUGUGGACUGACUGUACAACUUGCUUUGAAAGUUGUGCGAGUACUGCAGGAGAAUGUGGAUGCUUAGGAGGGGCCGGUGAAGCUGGUUUUCCGCUGCUUUUUAUUGUAGCGCUUGUUGUUCUUGGUCUCUUCAUUGUUAUCGGCAUAUUCUACAGUGUGCUUGUUGCAACAAUGGUUGGUCAACGAAUUUGGCAGCGCCAUUAUCACAUACUUGCUAAGCGGAUGCUAACAAAAGAGUAUGUUGUGGAGGAUGUCGACAGCGAGGGCGUAGAUUGGUGCCCGCCACCCCUACCGCCAGAGCACAUUCAGCAGCUAAGGGCACUUGGACUACUGUAGUCUCACCUUAGACAAUCUACCAUUGUGCUUUAGAUAUGAACUCAAGGGAAGGUCCGAGUAUCCACCAUAGGCACACCACUUUGUGGAUACUACAUGCUAUAUUAUUUGUAUCCCCGGUUUCCAGCGGUUGUACCAACAGUGUAGGCCUUACUUUUUUUUUAUGUAAAUAUUCAUAAGAUGUAACUAAUCAUCCUCUCACUAUCGGAUUUGAAUGAACUUUUGAUGUAAAGAGACGUUGCUUGGUCACCAUGAUUUACCCCCCUUCCAAUUGCA